AUGGACAAGCUGCCGCCGUCCAUGCGCAAGCGGCUGUACAGCCUCCCGCAGCAGGUGGGGGCCAAGGCGUGGAUCAUGGACGAGGAGGAGGAUGCCGAGGACGAGGGCGCAGGGGGUCGCCAGGACCCUAGCCGCAGGAGCAUCCGGCUGCGGCCGCUGCCCUCGCCCUCGCCCUCCGCGGCAGCGGCGGCGGCUGGCAGCACCGAGUCCCGGGGCGCGGCCCUCGGGGCGGCGGACGGCGAGGGGCCGGCCCGUGGCGCGGCGGCCAAGUCCAGCACGAACGGCGACUGCAGGCGCUUCCGCGGGAGCCUGGCCUCGCUGGGCAGCCGGGGCGGUGGCGGUAGCAUCGGCGGAGGUAGUGGCAGCCAGGGGCACCUACACGAGUCCGCAGAAGAACGGCGGCUCAUCGCCGAGGGCGACGUGUCCCCGGGUGAGGACAGGACGCCCCCAGGCCUGGCGGCCGAGCCUGAGCGCCCCUGCGCCCCGGCGCCGCCCGCAGCCACACCGCCACCGCCGCUGGCCCCCUCCUCCUCCUGCUGCUCGGAGCAGCGCCCGGCGGACGCGGCUGUCAAAGUGGAGGGAGGCGCGGCCGCGGCCGAUCAGAUCCUGCCGGAGGCCGAGGCGCGCCUGGGCCAGGCAGGCUUCAUGCAGCGCCAGUUCGGGGCCAUGCUCCAGCCGGGGGUCAACAAAUUCUCGCUGCGGAUGUUCGGCAGCCAGAAGGCGGUGGAGCGCGAGCAGGAGCGGGUGAAGUCAGCCGGCUUCUGGAUCAUCCACCCCUAUAGCGACUUCAGGUUCUACUGGGACCUGACCAUGCUGCUGCUGAUGGUGGGAAACCUGAUCAUCAUCCCCGUGGGUAUCACCUUCUUCAAGGACGAGAACACCACGCCCUGGAUCGUCUUCAAUGUGGUGUCCGACACCUUCUUCCUCAUCGACCUGGUCCUCAACUUCCGCACAGGCAUCGUGGUGGAGGACAACACGGACAUCAUCCUGGACCCACAGCGCAUCAAGAUGAAGUACCUCAAGAGCUGGUUUGUGGUGGACUUCAUCUCCUCCAUCCCCGUGGACUAUAUCUUCCUCAUCGUGGAGACGCGCAUCGACUCCGAGGUCUACAAGACCGCCCGCGCCCUGCGCAUCGUCCGUUUCACCAAGAUCCUCAGCCUCUUGCGCCUGCUGCGACUCUCGAGGCUCAUCCGCUACAUCCACCAGUGGGAAGAGAUCUUCCACAUGACCUACGACCUGGCGAGCGCUGUCGUGCGUAUUGUGAACCUCAUCGGCAUGAUGCUGCUGCUGUGCCACUGGGACGGCUGCCUGCAGUUCCUGGUGCCCAUGCUGCAGGACUUCCCCGACGACUGCUGGGUGUCCCUCAACCACAUGGUGAACAACUCCUGGGGAAAGCAGUACUCCUAUGCCCUCUUCAAGGCCAUGAGCCACAUGCUGUGCAUCGGUUACGGGCGACAGGCGCCCAUGGGUAUGUCCGACGUGUGGCUCACCAUGCUCAGCAUGAUCGUGGGCGCCACCUGCUAUGCCAUGUUCAUCGGCCACGCCACCGCCCUCAUCCAGUCCCUGGAUUCCUCCCGGCGCCAGUACCAGGAAAAGUAUAAGCAGGUGGAGCAGUACAUGUCCUUCCACAAGCUCCCGCCGGACACCCGGCAGCGCAUCCAUGACUACUACGAACACCGCUACCAGGGCAAGAUGUUUGACGAGGAGAGCAUCCUGGGGGAGCUGAGCGAGCCGCUGCGGGAGGAGAUCAUCAACUUCAACUGCCGGAAGCUGGUAGCCUCCAUGCCCUUGUUUGCCAACGCGGACCCCAACUUUGUGACGUCCAUGCUGACCAAACUGCGCUUCGAGGUCUUCCAGCCCGGGGACUACAUCAUCCGUGAGGGGACCAUCGGCAAGAAGAUGUACUUCAUCCAGCACGGCGUGGUCAGCGUGCUCACCAAGGGCAACAAGGAGACCAAGCUGGCCGACGGCUCCUACUUUGGAGAGAUCUGCUUGCUGACUCGGGGCCGGCGCACUGCCAGUGUGCGCGCUGAUACCUACUGCCGCCUCUACUCGCUGAGCGUGGACAACUUCAACGAGGUGCUGGAGGAGUAUCCCAUGAUGCGGCGGGCCUUUGAGACAGUGGCGCUCGACCGGCUGGAUCGCAUUGGCAAGAAGAACUCCAUCCUCCUGCACAAGGUGCAACACGACCUCAGCUCCGGGGUCUCCAACUACCAGGAGAACGCCAUAGUACAGCAGAUCGUGCAGCACGAUCGGGAGAUGGCACACUGUGCCCGCCACGCCCAGGCUGGCACGCCUGUCGUGGCGCCCGCCAUCUGGACGCCUCUGAUUCAGGCUCCGCUGCAGGCCGCCGCGGCCACCACCUCGGUGGCCAUCGCGCUUACCCACCAUCCUCGCCUGCCCGCUGCCAUCUUCCGGCCUCCGCCUGGGCCCGCGCUGGGCUCGCUGGGAGCGGGGCAGACGCCCAGGCACCUGCGGAGGCUGCAGUCCCUGGUGCCCUCGGCGCCCAGCCCCGCAUCGCCUGCCAGCAGCCCAUCGCAGCCGGACACGCCGUCCUCUGCCUCCCUGCACGUCCAGCCGCUGCCCGGCUGCUCCACAGGCACCCUCCUGCCCACGGCCGGAUCGCCCCCGGCCUCCACACCCCACGCCGCCGCCGCCGCUGCUGCUGCCACCGCCGCCACUGGCUUCGGCCAUUUCCACCGGGCGCUGGGCGGCUCCUUGUCCUCGUCCGACUCGCCCCUGCUCACCCCGCUGCAGCCCGGCGCCCGCUCUCCGCAGGCCGCCCCUCCACCGCCACCGCCGCCUCCGCCGCCGCCCCCGGGGGCCCCGGCGGGCCUCGGCCUCCUGGAGCACUUUCUGCCGCCCCCAGCCCGCUCCCCGACCACGUCCAGCCCCGGGCAGCUGGGCCAGCCUCCAGGGGAGCUGGCCUCCGGGCCCCCGGUCUCUCCAGAGACGCCUCCGCGGCAGCAGCCCGAGCGACUGCCCUUCGUGGCAGGGGUCUCGGGGGGUGCUUCCCCCGUGGCCUUCAGCCCCCGAGGAGGCCCCAGCCCCCCUGGCCACAGCCCGGGACCCCCCAGAACUUUCCCCAGCGCACCGCCCCGGGCCUCGGGCUCGCACGGCUCGCUGCUCCUGCCGCCCGCUUGCAGCCCGCCGCCGCCGCAGCCCCCGCCGGCCGCCCCGCAGCGCCGCGUCACGCCCCCGCUGGCCCCCGGCCGCCUCUCGCAGGACCUCAAGGUCAUCUCGGCCUCGCAGCCCGCGCUGCCCCAGGACGGGGCGCAGACUCUCCGCAGAGCCUCCCCGCACUCGUCCUCGGGCGAGUCUGUCGUCGCUGCCUUCCCGCCCUUGCCCAGGGCCGGCGCCCCCGGGAGGCCCCCCGGGCAGCAGGUCACUGGCACUCUGCCUCGGAAGACAUCCUCAGGUUCUCUGCCGCCCCCUCUGUCUCUGUUCGGGCCCAGAGCCGCCUCUUCUGGGGGACCCCAGCUGACUGCUGCCCCCCAGACGGAACCUGGGCCCCGGGCCGAGCCAGUGCGCUCCAAACUGCCGUCCAACCUAUGA